AUGUCGGCCAGAACCUAUUCAGCUACGGUGAUAGCUAGUCCAUACACCUAUAUCUUUGUCAAUCGACCAGACACGGACCACACUGAUGUAAUUCAGUUCAAGACUGGCGAUGAAAGUUCCGGAAAGAAGCAAGGCAAACUUACGGCUGGUGGCAAUGUCGUGGUUGCCAAAGAAGGUCCUAUCGCAGCCUUGCAAUAUUAUUCCGGCGAUAAUACCAAGGUCCAUCACGUUGUGCUAUAUUUCUUUGGCGACGGUACGGGUCAAUAUUCUACGAAACCGAAUGAAGUCAAUGCUGCCAAGAAAUUGACUGAAGUCAACGAGGCCAAACUCGACAAUGCGUCCGAACCUGGUACCAAUCCCUUGACAGGAUGGCGCGUGGCUGGGACCGACAUUACACUGCAGAGGACGUUAGGCCGGCAAGUUGACAGCAGUUCUGUCCUUGCUGCGACUGCUAGAGGAACCCAGCUCAAUGUAGUGUUCACGGAAAAAGACAAACCAGACGAUGUGCGUUAUCAGUGGUAUGAUGGGAAACAAUGGAAUCAAUCAAUCUUUCCUUUGAAUUCUUGA